GAGGUUCCUUGGCCAGCUAUCUCCAGGGGCAAGAAUCCACUGAGCUCACUACCCCAAGGGUUCGCGAUUGGGGUCCUGCUGAAGGAAUGGCCACGGGAAGAUGCCCUGGCAGUCCCUGCCAGCUCAGAAUCUGGAGCUCGGAGGUUUGCAUAAGGCCUGGCAAGAGCAGAGGAUGCCAGCGAUAGGCUGCGGAGGAAUCAGCGGAAGCAGGGAAGUGUUGAUCUUAAGGAACCAAACUGCCCCUGCGCAGAGGCCUGGGGGGGCUCUGUACCUGGGGAGCUUCUUAUCCGCCGGCCCCUGAGGCUCCUGACUCUGGUCCGCGCACCUCCAGGCAGGUGGGCCCAGUUCCUCCGACUCCUGCUCUGUGGCCCCGCCCCUGCCUGCCCCCAGAGGCAGAGGGCUUCUCCCCGCUCUGGCUCUGCCCCUUAUUCAACCCCCUCGCACCCUCACACCUGGGUUCGCUGGUCCCUGCAGCCCCUGCCAAGGCUCACUGGCCCCGCCCCCAGGAUCACCGGCCUCACCCCACUCGGGAGCCAGUCCACUUAAGGAGGCUGAACACCUGGGAGGUUCCCUGUGUGCCUCGAGGCCUGCCCUGGGCACAGCCUUGCAAUGGAAGCAGAAGCUUCUCCGCCCCUUGGGUCGCCCCCAUGCUGCCUGUGUUUCCGGAGGCCUGGCAUCUACGAGGAUGAGAAUGGAAGGACCUGGGUGACUGUGGCCUUGCGGAUCAGUCCCUCCCACAGAGCUUGGGGCAGGGGCUCCCCUGGCAGCACAGUGAGUCGCUCUGGGUGUGGGAUUCUAAAAGCAUGCCCAUCGACCUCUGGUCUGGGCAGCCCACCAGCCGGGCCAGGGGAUCCAGGACCCUGGUUGUGUGUGUGCAGCUCAACCAUCCCUGAUGUGCCCCCUCCUCUCUGGUCCCUUCAGCAUGAAAUCAUCGUCACAGUCCACGUGUGGCAGAUACCAGUGCACCCCCAGAUGCCCAGGUCCCCCAGCCAUCUGCUCGUGCUCGGGCUGCCCCCCAAGUGGGAGCUCUACCCCGGGCGAAGGUACCAAGCAACGGAUUCAAGACUCUGGGAAAUAGUGGACCAUGGCCAGGAAAGUGCAUGGUGGCCCAGGUGAGGGGGAUGGGCAUUAAGUAGUGACCGUAGGUGUGCAAAGUGGGGCAAAGGAUGGGAGGGAUCCCUUCCCCGGGCCCCUAAAUCCACAAACCCGGGUUCCCAUCUGCUUCAUUUGGAUAGAAGAGCAUCUCCCAG